GCGAAAUGGGGAGUCGAAAUUAGUCAAACGGAAAAGAAAGAAAAAAAAAAAAAAGAAGAAAAAAAAAUCCUCUCCAAUGAAUGGAGGGUGAGAGGGCCGAUUCACCGGUGGGGCCCCGGCGGGGAGGUAUUUCUUGUGCGACAGGCCGGGGGCUCCCCCGCACCCAUGACCCCCCGGAUAAGGUGCACUGUCCGCUUUCGGCGCGCCCGCAGCCUGCGCCGGGCCCGGGCCCUGGGAUGGCGCAUCCUCCGCGGUGUCGUCGGGGCGCUGGGGCGGCGCUGGCCGCCGCGCCUCGCUCUGCUACUGGUCCUGCGGAGGAGGCGCCGCGGGAGCCCCCGGCCCAGGUGAUGAUGCUGGGCAGCCCGCGGGUGGCCGAGCUGCUGCUGCAGCGCGGAGCCGACCCCAACCGCCCCGACCCGAGCACCGGCUGCUUCCCGGUGCACGACGCGGCCAGCGCCGGCUUCCUGGAGACGCUGGAGGCACUGCACCGCGCCGGGGCGCGGCUCGACCUGCCCGACGGCUUCGGCCGCCUCCCGCUCGACGUGGCGGCGGGGGGCCCGCACGGACCGGUGGGCCGCUACCUGCGACACCCGCCGCCCCUCCACGCUGCCGCACCGGGAGACGGGCCGGCCGCGGAGGGGGCUGUGCACUGGCACGCCCGCGGCGGUCGCCCCUGCUGGCCGCCGUCGCCGCCACGCCGCGCCGCCCCUCCUGAAGCCCCGGUGGCAGCCGCCCCCCGCCAAGACCUCCUCCCCCCGUGCCGUGCGCGCAUCUCCGAGGAAGGUACCGGGCAGGUCCUCCCCGCCGUCGAGGCACCCAGCGAGCGCUGACGGCUGACGAUGCUCCAGGCAGCCCAGCUGCUGGGGAGGGUCUGCCUCUGCCCCUCUGCCCCAGAGCUUCUCCCUCACCCCCGGGGCACUCCGUGUCCUGCUUCUGCCAGGCUAUGCAUGCUGAUGAAAUCUUUAAGGAAAAGCGGAAGGGACCAAAAGAGGGCCGCAGGGAGACCUCCUGGUUCUCCCCUCCGCAGGUUCACCGGCGGGCAGGGAACAAGCGGCAAACUGCUCUCCGGUGCCCCGCGGGGCAAUGGGGGGAAGGGGGAAGGGAAUUUCGUCGUUUCUUCCCUCCAUUGUUAAUUUGAUGCGGUUUAGAGAAGUGAGAACGCUUUGCAUUUUCGUGAUACCUUUAGAUUCCUUUAUAUAGCUCUUCAAAAUAGUGAACACCUUAGCCAACCCGUUUACAAAAUCAAUUAAUCUUCAAAUCCGCCCCUUCACCAUCCCGCUCGACUCAGAGAGUCUUAAAAUAUUUAACACUGUUCGAGAUUAUAGUUUGGGAACAGCUAUACGUAUUAUGUAUAGAUGUAUUCAUUCAUGAAAGUUAUCCAUGUGAGAAACCAAUUGGUGAUCCUUUAGUUACCGCGCAGAUUUAACAUUUGGACAUAUCUUGUUGAUUCAGAAGAUCUGGGCAAUGAGCUCGGUAUUUUUAAGACGGCUUUCCUUGUCUCCAAACCAGAUAAUCACAGAGCUUGGAUCUGGAUUUCUUCACCGGCAUUGGCUCUGUUUUUCCCACGCGAUUUCCAUGGUCUACCCAAUGUUGGUACCACUUACGUGUGAUUAAAUACCUGUUAUUAUUCAACAGCAAAAUAGGAAAGAGGUUGGCUUAAAAAAAAAUAAUCCUUGUGUUCAACUAUUAAAUGCCCUGUACGCAGCAAUA